AUGUCUGAAAUGAGACAACCACCAAUUCUUCAACAGAGGAAGAACCAUGUUCCAAAUGACAUCAUAUUCAACAGCAUCCUGACCAGGGUACCGGUGAAAUCAUUGAUGAGAUUUAGGUGUGUAUGCAAAUCCUGGGACUCCUCAAUCACCACUCCUAAUUUCAUCUCCACCCACCUUUACAACAACAAAAACAAACAUCCCCAUCAUCAUAAUAAUGCUAAUGGUUAUGUCAUACAUAUGCCAUCGCUUCCUUCUUCUUCUAACAGACCAGUCAUUAUGGUCGCUUUUGACAGAACCUUUGAUAGGAUUUAUGAGACUGAAAUUCCUUCUGAUUUUGUGCAUGUCCAUAUAGUGGGUUCUUGCAAUGGCUUAUUGCCUGAUACUUGCUUAAGACAAUUAAUGUGUGUUACACUCGGAUUUGCUUAUCAGUCCGAGAAUGAUGACUACAAGGUUGUCAGGAUUUCAUCUUCUAAUUUGUAUGGACAUGAGAUUGAGGUGUAA